CACUAACCGCGAGCGGGACUCCUAUCGGGCUGAAUGGCGCAGAGUGGCGACAACGCGGGUCCCGAGAUAUCUCGGGUGCUUCUUUCCGUGGGAGGCGGAGGAGGUAUCAGCGAAACACUUUUGCUCAGUCCAAAACAUGCUAAAAAGAAAGACACAACCUUACAGACCACCAGGCUGCCCAGGAGCAACAUUUUGGAUAAGGUGCAGAAUUUUCUACCCCAGAUGGCUAGUGCAAAUAGUCAGUUGAGAAGAGAAAUGGACAGCAAACCUGGCCAAGAAUUUGACAUUGAACAUGUAGAUCCUUCGAUGGAAAACAUAAUUGAAAUGAAUGUGGCCUUAGUAGAACUGAAUGACUGUGAUACAACAGAAUCAGAAGAUGAUUCGGAAUGUGAGGAGAGCUCUACCUGUGAAGAAGUUACCGAAGAAAAUAUUAAGUUUCCUUUGUCAAAAAGAGAAGGACGAAUAGAAAUGUUGGACGAUAAAAACUGAGUAGGGGAAUUAGCCUUAUUUUCUCGCCAUUUCAAUAUCUACAUGUAAUCCUCAUUUUUUCAAGGCCUCUGGGAAAAUUGUGCUGUGUACUAAUAAGCUUGUGUACUUGAUAUAUGGAAAGGUGUCAAAAGAAAUCUGUUGUAGGUCUGCUAUCAAGUCAGAAGAAAUGAAUGAGGAUUACAUUUGCACAAUUGAGGGGAAAGCAGAAAGAAUAAUUGGACCAGACAGAAACAAAAGAAUUAAUAGCUAUGAACUAUUUAAUCUGUAAUAACAUUAUAGAUUAAUACAAACUUUUGGGUUACAUAGAGAUCAAAGAAAGUGUCUGUGGAAAACAGAUAAUUUACUCUAGAUUGUUUCAAUUACCAAGUAUUUGGGCUGGUGGCCCACUGUUGUAUGUUAAUAGUAGUGGCCUUCCAAAUGAGCGACAUUCCUAACUCCAGGUCAUGUCGGGAUUCAAGCUCAUUUGUUUGUUAUUCAUCUUGCACGAACUGUCCUUUAAGUUCAAGGUGAAAGAAUUGUGUUAGACUGAAAUACAUUUUUAUUGAUAAGCGGCAUUCAUAAUCGAUAAUGAGGAAUGCCAUUGGGAAUCCAGUAUAUUUUAAAGCUCCAAAAUAGGCUACAAAUCAAAUUGGGAGUUCAAAUUUGGAGUUUAUAAUCCCAGCCAGUUUGAGAUCAUGUUACAUCUUUGAAAUUAAAAUAUGCCUUGUAUUCUUAUAAAGUUUAUUUAAGAUGAAUAAAUUUUUUUAAGGUACCCCGUAUUUGCUUUAUACUGUAAAAGGCAUCAACUUGCAAGAUACAUGCAAAUUUUAGCUGAAAUUAGUUUCAUAUCAUUCUUAUGGAUAAUUUGUUACCAGAUCAUAUAUUCCACUAAAUAAGAUCAUCUUGUUUCUGAAUAAAUAAUAAUUGAGCUGUUAUUGCUAACUUGACAAUGGGGUUGGAUGGAAAUCAGGAAUGUUUGACAUGAAAAGUCAAAUAGGCUGAACGUUCUGGAAUUAGCAACUAUUACUGGCCCCAUACUGUAUAUGUUAGAUUAUGGUCCGUAACCUUCAGAGAAGAGGACAUCAUGCAGUGUAUUGAUUUGAGUUGAUAAUAAUACUUGUAAUGCAUAAAUUUAGGUGCCCUUGUACAACCCACCAAAGAUUUCUAUUUAUUUUCCAUAGUAUAUUCCUGGAAAGCUUACACAUAGGACACAAAUGGCAAAAUAUAUUUCUGUUUAGAGAGCAGCUAUCUGUUUUGAGACGAACACUGCCAUACUCUUUCUAUUCACUGUAUUUUAUACCACAAUGUUGUGUGUUGUUUUCAAUAAAUAUUUUGCAAUUGCAAGUAGUAAAUAUA